AUGGACCACUUUGAGCUUCACAGCGCAGGCCUCAGAAAUGGAGAGGAGCAAGUGUUCACCAUCCCACUGAUUCGGAUGCGCGCCAAGAACGCCACACAGAAUCUCAUCAUCAAUCCUGGCGGUCCUGGAGGAAGUGGCGUUGGGUUCGUCCAUGCAAUCGGUGGGGAGCUCAACACGAUCCUUGGAGAAGGGUUUCAUGUCUUGUCAUUCGAUCCACGUGGCGUGAACGGGUCUCGCCCCAAGGCAGAAUGCUAUCCUGACCAAGCUACGCGACGGGCACAUGCACAGCCAAGAAGCGGCAAGCUAUCUCGCAGUGGCGAGAUGUAUGCAUGGAACAAGAAUUUUGCCCGGGCUUGUUACGAUACCAUGGGAGAACACGCCAAGUAUAACGCUGUCGGGCAAAAAGACAUGAUUUAUUGGGGUUUCAGCUACGGGACGACGUUAGGCCAGACUUAUGCUACCAUGUACCCAGAGCGCUCAAGCCGCGUGGUGAUCGACGGAGUAGCGAACGUCCACGACGCCUACAAGGUAUUAGAUACCGAGCAAAAGUGGUUGACCGACGCCGAAAAGGUCCUGUAUGGCUUCUUUAACGAAUGCAACAAGGCAGGGCCGGACCGCUGCCCUCUGGCAUCUUUUGGAAGCAGUGCGGACGAGCUCUGGGAGGCAGUCAUGUCGAAAGUGGACAAGGUGAAAGAUGAGCCUCUGAGCAUAUACGUCAACAACACCGUACAUGGCGUAUUCGACUACCCAGACCUUCUGACCAACGCGAUAUUUUACUCCCUGUACGCACCAAAAUAUGCGUGGUACCCCGUGGCACAUCAACUCGCCAGAUUUCUGGAAGGGAACACGACCGACCUCUGGAUGGCGCACGGUCGAGCGGAUAUGUUCGCCAGCCUCGGCGAGGCCACCCGAUUCAUAACGUUCAAUGAUGCGAAGUCAGGGGCGAAGUACUGGCCACAGGGUUGGCAAGACCUGCUGGAUGUGAUUACGCCCUUCGCAAACAAAACCCUCUUCUCGAUGAUUGACAUGACCGGUUUCUUCGGCAGACAGCAGUAA